UAGUAUCAUUUUGAGUGUUACAAAGAAAAGUUUGUGAAUUAAUAUUGUUUGUUAAGCUAAAACAAAAUGUUUGAAGGAUAUUUGAUAGGAGUGGGAAUUUAUGCAUUGGCUUGCUAUUUGUACGAUAAUUUAAGAACCCCGAUGUAUUUAUUAUAUCGAUCCUGGCAGCAACGUCAUAAGCCACAACAGAUACAUUUAAUGGAAAAAUAUGGAAAAUGGGCGGCUGUAACUGGUUCCACCGAUGGCAUUGGUAAGGCCUAUGCUAGAGAAUUAGCCCGACUGGGCUUUAACAUUGUUUUAAUAUCCAGAACACAAACAAAAUUGGAAGCAGUGGCUCAAGAAAUUGAAACUGAUUUUGCGGUAGAAACUUUUAUUGUGCAAUGUGAUUUCUCCAAAGGUGCAGAAAUAUACAACAAUCUGUUUAACAAACUUUCUGAGAAGCCUAUAGGAAUUUUGAUUAAUAAUGUUGGCAUUGGCCAUAAUCCUCCUGGACCAAUAGGCACCUUUUCGCCGGAACAUAUGUGGCAGGUAAUUAAUGUUAAUAUCGGAGCAGCUACCCAACUAUCACGUCAUUUUAUAUAUAAAUGGCGCAAGGCCGGUGAGAAAGGUCUCAUUGUUAACAUUUCUUCGGGCAUAGAGUUACAGUCGUGUCCAUUUGGUUCAAUAUAUGGCGGCAGCAAGGCCUAUAUGCAGAGUUUUACUAAGGCCCUUCAAGAGGAAACCAAAAAUAUGGGCAUAACCAUACAAUUGUGUUCUCCAAACUUUGUGGUUACAAAAAUCAAUAGUUAUUCCAUGAAAGUAAUGCGAGGAAAUCUCCUUAUACCGCCACCCGAGGAAUAUGCCAAAUGGGCGGUCAGCACUUUAGGAAAAGUGGAUGAAACUAGCGGUUAUUUUUGGCAUGGAAUACAGAAUGCUAUUUGGAAAAUUUUGCCCUAUCGUUUAAGGGCAGCAUUGUUUGUAAUUAUUUGCAAAAAGCUUGUUGAUAAAUUGGGAAAAAUGGAAACUCGCGAGGAAACAAAUAAAAGCUAAAACUACCUAAACUACCAAUUACUUCAAAGGUUCAAAUAAUUAAUGUCUAAUUAAAUUUUCAAAAUCAAAUUAGAUUGUAUCUCUUUACUUUUCCAUUAAAGCAUUCAUCACGAAUUAAUUCGUUGUCUUAAUUCCUUAUUA